AUGAAGGCCAAGGGCUUAGAAGGCCUGACCGCGCGCAUCGGGCGCCUAGGUCCUGGAAGCCCCAGACUCUCCCUUUUUGGAGAAAUAGAGAGGUCAGCGCCCUCCUCCGAAGAUCUGCUCACCAACUCUCUUCCUGGGGCCCCCAGUUGUGCGAUCGCGGCGUGGUCUCACCUCCAGGCCACCCCUAGCCUCUCGCUUGACCGGGGUCCCCUUCACGGCCACCAGUGCUCAGCCCGCAUUCCUCCCUUGGGCGCGGGGCCACCACCCCGGACACCGCGCGAGCGGUGGCCGAUCACUUCUGGCGUGCUCUGGGAGGCUUCCUUUCACUUUCCGGCCGCCGACCCGGCUGUGCCGGCCAAUCCGCGGGCGCGCCCCCAGGCCACCUCCCACCGGCUCUGGGGUCUCCCCUGCGCAGGCUCGGUGUCGUUCGCUCGGUCUCGCGUGAGCAGAGUCCUGAGGGUCCUGCGCCGAGCAGUGCAGUCCGGAAGCAGUGAAAAAACUCUGGCUGGGAACUUGGAUCUCUGUGGUUAG